GCAGGAGAAGACUCUUUACGGGGACGUUCUCCUCACCUCCGCCUUCAUCUCCUACGCUGGCUCCUUCUCCAAGAAGUACCGGCGCGAGCUGGUGGAGACCCUGUGGUUGCCCUUUCUCCGCAGCCAGAAGAUUCCCAUUCCCAUGACUGAGGACCUGGAGCCAGUCAGAAUGCUGACAGACGAUGCCACCAUUGCCAAAUGGAACAAUGAGGGCCUGCCCAGCGACAGGAUGUCCACGCAGAACGCCACCAUUGUCACCAACUGCGAGCGCUGGCCCCUCCUCAUCGACCCCCAGCUGCAAGGCGUCAAGUGGAUAAAGAGUCGCUAUGGCGCCGACCUCAAGGUCAUCAGCCUGGGGCAGAAAGGGUAUGUGGAUGUUAUUGAGCAAGCAGUGGUCUCAGGACACCCAGUCUUAAUUGAGAACCUGGAGGAAACAGUUGACCCAGUGAUUGAUCCUCUUUUAGGGAGAUACACCAUAAAGAAGGGGAGGUUCAUCAAGGUGGGUGAUAAAGAAUGCUACUUCCACCCGGCCUUCCGACUCAUCCUGCACACCAAGCUGGCCAACCCGCACUACAAGCCCGAGAUCCAGGCCCAGACCACCCUCAUCAACUUCACGGUGACCCGGGACGGCCUGGAGGACCAGCUCUUGGCUGAGGUUGUCAACCUGGAACGGCCGGACCUGGAGCAUCUUAAGUCGGAUUUGACCAAGCAGCAGAACUACUUCAAGAUCGAGCUGAAGCAGCUGGAGGACGAGCUCCUCACCAGGCUGUCCGCCGCUGAGAGCAACUUCCUGGGGGACAACCUGCUGGUGGAGAAGCUGGAGACCACCAAGCACACCGCUGCUGAGAUUGAGAUGAAGGUCCUGGAGGCGAAAGUUAACGAAGUAAAAAUUAACGAGGCCCGUGAGCACUACCGUCCCGUGGCCGCGAGAGCAUCGCUGCUCUACUUCAUCAUGAACGAUCUCAACAAGAUCAAUCCCAUGUACCAGUUCUCCCUCAAGGCCUUUAAUGUGGUGUUUCACAACGCCGUGCACCAGGCCGCGCCCUCAGACCAUGUCAAGACCCGGGUCAACAUCCUCAUCGACAGCAUCACCUUCUCCACCUUCAACUACAUCAGCCGAGGCCUGUUUGAGAGGGACAAGCUUACCUUCAGUGCCCAGCUGACCUUCCAGCUUCUGCUCAUGAGUAAAGAGAUCGAUGUCAGAGAGCUGGACUUCCUGCUCCGGUUCAACAUCGAUCACAGCUACAUCAGCCCUCUGGACUUCCUGUCCAACUCGGCAUGGAGCGCCAUCAAGACCAUGAGCUUCACGGACGAGUUCCGGGGCCUGGACAGGGACAUCGAGGGCUCCCCCAAACGCUGGAAGAAGGUGGUGGAGUCCGAGUGUCCGGAGAAGGAGAAGUUUCCGCAGGAGUGGAAGAAUAAGAGCUCCCUACAGAAGCUCAUCAUGAUGCGCGCCCUCCGCCCUGACAGGAUGACCUAUGCUCUCAGGAACUUUGUAGAGGAGAAGCUGGGAGUGAAAUACACCGAGGGGCGCAAGACGGAAUUUGCCAAAUCGUUCAAAGAGAGCGGGCCCGCCUCCCCCGUGUUCUUCAUCCUGUCCCCUGGGGUGGAUCCGCUCAAAGACGUGGAGGCGCUGGGUCGGAAGCUGGGGUUCACCAUUGACCUGGGGAAGCUGCACAAUGUGUCCCUGGGCCAGGGGCAGGAGGCGGUGGCUGAGGUUGCCAUGGAGAAAGCAUCCAAGGAGGGACACUGGGUGAUUCUGCAGAACAUCCACCUGGUGGCCAAGUGGCUGGGCAGCCUGGAGAAGCUGCUGGAGCGCUGCAGUGAGGGCAGCCAUGUUGACUACCGCGUGUUCAUGAGCGCGGAGCCCGCCCCCACCCCCCAGGAGCACAUCAUCCCCCAGGGCAUCCUGGAGAACUCCAUCAAGAUCACCAACGAGCCGCCCACUGGCAUGCUGGCCAACCUGCACGCUGCCCUCGACAACUUCGACCAGGAUAUCCUGGACCAGUGCUCGCGGGAACAGGAAUUCAAGACCAUCCUCUUCUCCCUCUGCUACUUCCACGCCUGCGUGGCGGAGAGGCGGAAGUUCGGGCCGCAGGGCUGGAACAGGAAGUACCCCUUCAACACCGGCGACCUCACCAUAUCCGUCAACGUCCUCUACAACUACCUGGAGGCCAACUCGCAGGUACCCUGGGAGGACCUGCGCUACCUGUUCGGGGAGAUCAUGUACGGGGGUCACAUCACUGACGACUGGGACAGGAGGCUGUGCCGCACUUACCUGGAGGAGUACAUGCAGCCCAACCAGUUUGACAGGAAACUGGCUCUGGCUCCAGGUUUUGUAGUUCCGUCCAACCUGGACUACCAGGGUUACCAUGGCUACAUUGAUGAGAUGCUUCCUCACGAGAGCCCGGUGCAUUACGGCCUGCACCCCAACGCGGAGAUCGAGUUCCUCACGGUGACCUCCGACAGCCUGUUCCACACCCUGCUGGAGCUCCAGUCCAGAGACUCAGUGAUGGGGGAGGGGGCGUCCCAAACCAUAGAGGAAAAGGUAAAAACAAUCCUAGAUGAUAUCCUGGAGAAAUUGCCGGAAGAGUACAACAUGUCAGACAUCACCUCCAAAACAGCAGAGCGAUCCUCGUACAUCCUAGUGUGCUUCCAGGAGUGCGAGCGCAUGAACAUGCUCAUCAGCGAGAUCCGUCGCUCCCUCAGAGAGCUGGACCUGGGACUAAAGGGCGAGUUGGCAAUUUCCUCAGAGAUGGAGGAACUGCAGACGGCCCUUUUCUUUGACAACGUCCCCCACACCUGGACCAAGCUGGCGUAUCCGUCCGCACUCAACCUGGCGCUGUGGUACAGUGAUGUACUGCUACGAUGCAGGGAGUUGGACAGCUGGACGCAGGACCUGGUGCUGCCCACCGUGGUGUGGCUGUCGGGACUCUUCAACCCCCAGUCCUUCCUUACAGCCGUGAUGCAGAGCCUGGCCAGGAAGAACGAAUGGCCCCUCGACAGAAUGAACCUGACCGUCGACGUCACCAAAAAAUUCAAGGAGGAUUUCAACCAGCCGGCUCGAGAGGGGGCGUACGUGCAUGGCCUUUUCAUGGAAGGGGCCAGAUGGGACAUCCAGGGGGGAAAUAUCGCCGAGGCCAGGCUGAAGGAGCUCACGCCGAGCAUGCCCGUUAUCUUCGUCCGGGCCGUCCCCAACGACCGCCAGGAGACCCGCAACAUCUACGAGUGCCCCGUCUACAAGACCAAGCAGCGGGGCUCCACCUACGUGUGGACCUUCCCCCUGAAGACCAAGGAGAGGCCGGCCAAGUGGGUGCUGGCGGGCGUGGCUCUGCUCCUGAGUGUGUGAGGUUAGCGGGAUGAUGUGGCUCUGCUGAGUGUGUGAGGUUAGCGGGAUGAUGUGACUCUGCUCCUGAGUGUGUGAGGUUAGCGGGAUGAUGUGGCUCUGCUGAGUGUGUGAGGUUAGCGGGAUGAUGUGGCUCUGCUGAGUGUGUGAGGUUAGCGGUAUGAUGUGACUCUGCUCCUGAGUGUGUGAGGUUAGCGGGAUGAUGUGGCUCUGAUGAGUGUGUGAGGUUAGCGGGAUGAUGUGGCUCUGAUGAGUGUGUGAGGUUAGCGGGAUGAUGUGUCUCUGCUGAGUGUGUGAGGUUAGCGAGAUGGUGUGGCUCUGCUGAGUGUGUGAGGUUAGCGGGAUGGUGUGGCACUGCUGAGUGUGUGAGGUUAGCGGGAUGAUGUGGCACUGCUCCUGAGUGUGUGAGGUUAGCGGGAUGAUGUGGCUCUGCUGAGUGUGUGAGGUUAGCGGGAUGAUGUGGCUCUGCUGAGUGUGUGAGGUUAGCGGGAUGGUGUGGCUCUGCUGAGUGUGUGAGGUUAGCGGGAUGGUGUAGCUCUGCUGAGUGUGUGAGGUUAGCGGGAUGAUGUGGCUCUGCUCCUGAGUGUGUGAGGUUAGCGGGAUGAUGUGGCUCUGCUCCUGAGUGUGUGAGGUUACGGGAUGAUGUGGCUCUGCUGAGUGUGUGAGGUUAGCGGGAUGAUGUGGCUCUGCUCCUGAGUGUGUGAGGUUAGCGGGAUGAUGUGGCUCUGCUCCUGAGUGUGUGAGGUUAGCGGGAUGGUGUGGCUCUGCUCCUGAGUGUGUGAGGUUAGCGGGAUGAUGUGGCUCUGCUGAGUGUGUGAGGUUAGCGGGAUGAUGUGGCUCUGCUCCUGAGUGUGUGAGGUUAGCGGGAUGAUGUGGCUCUGCUCCUGAGUGUGUGAGGUUAGCGGGAUGAUGUGGCUCUGCUCCUGAGUGUGUGAGGUUAGCGGGAUGAUGUGGCUCUGCUCCUGAGUGUGUGAGGUUAGUGGGAUGGUGUGGCACUGCUGAGUGUGUGAAUGUGAGGUUAGCGGAUGAUGUGGCACUGCUGAGUGUGUGAAUGUGAGGUUAGCGGGAUGAUGUGGCUCUGCUGAGUGUGUGGGCGCUGUGUCUGCAGCCUGUGAUAUUCAUUCAAAAGGAAAAAUUACUUAUUUUUUUGUAGCAUUCUUGUCACUCUUUGCAUAGUUUUAUGUUUAUGUUCAUUUUCCACUGAAACACAUAUUUCAGCAUGGAUCUGUUUAAGGACAUGUUAAUGCAUUUAUUUCACCCUUGUUCUUCAAAAAAAAAAAAAAAAAAGCGUUUCCAUCCAUUCAGAAGGAACAUUUUUGUCACUUUUUGGACGUAAGACUUUAGUCAUGUGUAUUUUGUUCAUUUUCCAAAGAAACAUAUUUAAUAAUAAAUAUCUUCUAAUUAAUUUUAUUUCAUUUAUUUCACUUUGGUUGUUGAAUUGAAAUGUCCCAUCCAUCCAAAUAAAAAAAUGCCCAUUAAAUUCCUUUGUGUUUUUGGGCAUAAUAUAUAUAAUGCAUAUAAUAUACAUAUAAUCUUAUGUAUUUUACUAAUGUUACACUGAAACACAUUUCACCAUAAAUGUCUUCACAGACAUACAGUAUAAAUGCACUUAUAUCACUCUGGUUUUUAAUAAAAAUGUUUUCCCAUCCAUCGAAAUGAAAAAGUACAUCUGUUGCAUUUUUGUCAAUUUUUGGACAUGUAUAAAAUACAGUCUUAUGUAUUUUAUGAUUUUCCCCAAAACACAUUUUUCAUCAUAAAUGUCUUCACUAUUAUUUUUCUUUCAUUUGUUUCA